GGAAUCUCUCUAAUCAUCCGAAAGCCGAAGACUAUGACCACAGAUGAGAUGCGCCGACAGCUCGAGGCCGACGGCCAGUCACUCGUCGGCAAAGCGCGGCUCUUAUGGAGGGAUAACUCGACUCAAGUGUUGCUGUCCUUAACGGCCCUAACAGUAGGCCAGCUGUCGAUGGCGUUGCUGUGCUUUUACGCCAUCCGUAGCGUCCGGUACGUCAUACUAGCGCCGGGCGGACAGUCCGUACGGUUCACCACGUUUUCGGUGACGGGUUCACCGAAUAGGUACCGACACUACGACGCGCCCGUAGAGCACGUGUCCACUCAACAGCACCGGUCGGCCGGCGGUAUACUACCCGUGAAGCUGAAGGGCAAAUGGAUGUACUUUCUGGUGGACACGAAAACCGGUCACUUCUAUAAGCCGGCGCUUUUUGACCGCACGGUCGGUGUGUUUCGUAUACUUAAAUAA